GCAGCGCAGAAGGAAGUUGGUAAUUAGUAAAUCAUGGGGUGGGAAAGUCAAAGAAUGCUCAUUUUUAUUUCUGCUGUUGCAACUCUAAUCUUCUUCUUGGGCUUCCAUGGCUUCUGCUAUGCUCUCGACUCGCCACCUUAUGGCUUCGUGAAGAAUGCGUCAUAUGCGCCACGGGUGUCCUACCACGACUACAUCAUCGUCGGCGGCGGGACAGCCGGCUGCCCCUUGGCCGCCACCCUCUCGGAGAGGUUCGACGUGCUGCUGCUGGAAAGAGGCGGUUCGGCUUACGGGAAUCCAAACAUUUCCAACCUCGCCUCUCAAAACGACAUCCUCGCCUACAUCACCCCGACCUCGCCGGCGCAGAGUUUCGUCUCCGAGGACGGCGUCAUCAAUAGACGAGCUCGCUGCCUCGGAGGCGGCACCUGCAUCAACGCCGGCUUCUACUCGCGCGCCAGCCGCCAGGAGGUGAUGGAUAUGGGACUGAACCCGAAGCUGGUCGACCAGUCGUUCCGGUGGGUGGAGCGAGAGGUGGUCUUCCGGCCUCAGCUGACGGAGUGGACUUCAGCCCUGAGAGCAGGGCUUCUGGAGGCCGGAGUCACCCCUGAUAACGGCUUCACCUAUGAUCACUUGGACGGCACCAAGGUCGGAGGGACCAUCUUCGACCCGGCCGGCCAUCGCCACACCGCCGCCGAUCUCCUCAAGUACGCCGACCCAGCCAGGAUCACCGUCCUCGUGCGCGCCACGGCGCAGAGGAUCUUGUUCAGGAACGUUACUGCCGGCGGCCACCGUAAGAACCAGCCGCAGGCGUACGGCGUGGUGUACAAGGACUUAGACGGCAACAUCCACGAGGCCCGCCUGAAGCAGGGCUCAAUCUCUGCAGGGGAAAUCAUAGUGUCAGCCGGCGCUCUCGGCAGCCCGCAGUUGCUCAUGCUGAGCGGCGUGGGCCCGGCGGACCACCUCCGGUCUUUGGGCAUCGAGGUGGUCCUGGACCAGCCGAUGUUGGGCCAGGGCAUUUCCGACAACCCGAUGAACGUCUUGGUGGUGCCUUCGCCGGAGCGACUGGCUCUCACCUCGAUUCAAGUCGUCGGAAUCCGGCCGGGCUACUACAUAGAGUCUCUGACGGGGUUCAACUUGGGAGCCAGCAAUUCGUCAUUCCAAAUCGGCGUAGUAGUCGAGAAAUUGGCAAAGCCUCUGUCCCGAGGAUUUCUUCGUCUCAAGAAUCUGGACCCGGAGGAUAAUCCAUCAGUAACCUACAACUACUUCGCGGAGCCUGAGGAUCUGAGAACAUGCGUGGAGGCAAUGCAGACGAUCAUGAGGACGGUGGAUACGGAAGCGAUGUCGGAAUUCAGAUACCCGAAUCAAACGGUGGAGUACUUGCAGGGUCUCACCGCGAGCUUAAUGGUGAACAACAGAGGGAGAAGUCCGCAGGACGCCACUUCGCUGGAGCAAUACUGCAAGGACCUCGUGCUCACCUUCUAUCAUUUCCACGGCGGCUGUGAAGUAGGGAAGGUGGUCGACCAUGACUACAGAGUGAUCGGCGUCGACGGGCUCAGGGUCAUCGAUGGAUCCACCUUCAGUUUCUCCCCAGGAGCAAAUCCUCAAGCUACUCUCAUGAUGUUGGGCAGGUACAUGGGACUUCUGAUAAGGAACGGCCGCAAGUGAUCAUGAUUCAUCUUAAUUAUUAUUGCUGACAUCAAAAAAUGCAUGCGCAGCCGAUUUAUUCUUAACUUUUUUAUUUUCACAAUAA